GGAAAUAUGUAAACCAGGCCAGAGGAGAAGAGCCUGAGAAGGGAAACCACACUGGUCAGGGUGCCAGGAACUUCUUUUUUGGUUUUGUAACAGUUUUUUUGUCUUUCACUAGUGAAAGAGGGGACAGUCAAGCUGUUCAUCUGCUUAUAACAAUUCGUAGUGCCCUGCCCUUGGGGACUUCCCCUUUGGAAUAGCUCCUCCAUCUUCAUCUAGCGGAUGUUAUGGACUUGUGGCUUCCUAACAGUGAGAAUGAUCUGCUUUUCAGACAAUACCUUCCAGUCUGUGUUCUGUUGCUGCUGUUGCUGCUCAGUGCAGAAGCGACGAGUAAGAACACAAAUAAACCUGAGCAAAGAUGAAGAAAUUUCAGAAAAAUAUAAUCAGCAUCGGAGGCCGUGGUUUGGCGAACAGUCAAGGAAGAAGCAAUCCAACAGAGGCCGUGUGCAACCAUCAAAACGCAAGCCACUGCCUCCCCUCCCACUCUCGGAGCUUGCUGAAGCCAAGAUCAAGGUCAAGGCGCUUUAUGAUUUUCUGCCCCGAGAAUCCGGUAAUUUAGCACUAAAGAGAGCAGAGGAAUACCUGAUACUGGAGAAGUGCGAUCCUCACUGGUGGAAGGCCAGAGACCGUUUAGGGAACGAAGGCUUAAUCCCAAGCAACUAUGUGACUGAAAACAAACUCACCAAUUUAGAAAUCUAUGAGUGGUACCAUAAAAACAUUACCAGAAAUCAGGCAGAACGUCUGUUGAGACAAGAGGCUAAAGAAGGUGCAUUUAUUGUCAGAGAUUCAAGACAUUUGGGAUCCUACACAAUCUCUGUGUUUAUAAAAGCUAGAAGAAGUACAGAGGCUAUGAUAAAACAUUAUCAGAUUAAAAGGAAUGACUCAGGACAGUGGUAUGUGGCUGAAAGACACCUCUUUCGAUCAGUCCCUGAGUUGAUCUGGUAUCACCAGCACAAUGCAGCUGGUCUUAUGUCUCGUCUCCGCUAUCCAGUUGGGCUGAUGGGCAGCUGUUUACCAGCCACAGCUGGUUUUAGCUAUGAGAAGUGGGAGAUUAAUCCAUCUGAGUUGGCUUUUGUCAAGGAGAUUGGAAGUGGUCAGUUUGGGGUGGUCCAUUUAGGAGAAUGGCGAGCACAUAUGCAGGUAGCAAUCAAAGCUAUUCACGAAGGCUCCAUGUCUGAAGAGGAUUUCAUUGAAGAGGCUAAAGUGAUGAUGAAGCUAUCACAUUCGAGGCUAGUUCAACUUUAUGGGGUGUGUAUACAGCAGAAGCCUAUUUACAUUGUGACUGAGUUUAUGGAAAAUGGCUGCCUGCUGAACUAUCUCAGGGAGAGAAAAGGCAACCUUAAAAGGGAAAUGCUUCUGAGCAUGUGCCAGGAUGUAUGUGAAGGGAUGGAAUACCUAGAGAGGAACUGCUAUAUUCACAGAGAUUUAGCAGCAAGGAAUUGUUUGGUCAGUUCUGCAUGUAUAGUAAAAAUUUCAGACUUUGGAAUGACCAGGUAUGUUUUGGAUGAUGAGUACAUCAGCUCUUCUGGAGCCAAGUUCCCAAUUAAGUGGUCUCCCCCUGAAGUUGUUCAUUUCAACAAGUACAGUAGCAAAUCUGAUGUCUGGUCAUUUGGAGUUUUAAUGUGGGAGGUUUUUACUGAAGGAAAAAUGCCUUUUGAAAAUAAGUCAAAUUUGCAAGUGGUGGAAGCUAUUUCUAAAGGUUUCCGGUUGUAUCGCCCUCAUCUGGCACCCAUGUCCAUAUAUGAAGUCAUGUACAGCUGCUGGCAUGCGAACGCUACAGGCCGUCCAACAUUUGCUGAGCUGCUGCAGAUUCUCACAGAGAUUGCAGAAACCUGGUGACUUGAAAUGCAAUGCCAACCUGGAGUAUCACUUUGCAAAACUGUCACAAGAGAAAAUCAUGGGUGGAAUCACUAAUGGGGAAUAUCUUCCUUUAGAGUCAUAGACUCUUAGAAUCAGUGCAGAGAUCCCAGACUUGUUUUAAGUUUAAGAAUAUUCUGACCAUAGUUUUUCUGCAGGUGUGAGAGGGACUACUAAACUCUUAUGUUUCUGAAAUGCCUUUCACAUCCCAUAUGUGCAGAAGAGGAAAACCUUCCCAGUGACUGCUGUUCAUGAUAAGAUCCCUGAGAACUUUUGAGGAUACAAAAAUCUGAGUCUUCACAAGACCAACAAAAUUUCUUUCUUGAAGAGGAUCGCCAUUCCUUACUUCGGUAGUCUAUGAUUGAAGAUGAACGUAGAUUCUGCCAACUCAUGGAAUAAUGGAGCCUCCACAGCAGAAUUCCAUGAUUUGGGGUUGUGUAGAUCUUUAUAGAAAACACACCUUUAGGAACCACAUGAAUGUAACAUCCUGGAAAUGUCUUUUGUAACCUUUCCAUAUGUUAUUUAACAAACUCUUUUUGUACAUAUCUAAUUAUUUUGCACACAGUUUCUUGUAUUCCAGUUUUAAACACUGUAAUAGGACUUAACCAAAUUUCCCUUUUGAGCAGAUACUGGUGUCAUGUCUUUUUCCAGUGGCAUUCAUGCCAGAUACAUUUCAGUUUCUCAGAUUUCACCUUUUGUAUAUGUGAGUCUAGACAACUUCAGAAGCCCUGUUUUGUAAUAGUAGUAAGUGCCACCUGUACUUUUCUGUAAGAUGACAUGUUCUUUCCAAAAGACGAGGCAAAACCAAGAUAUCUAAAUGAGACAUUAAGCUAUGUUAUUGCUGAAGUCUAAAAUUUUGAAUUCAUGAUGAAACAACCAGCAACCUUGGUUAAAUCUUACUUUCUCCUACACUGUUUACAUUAAUGUUUGAAAAAUUGAUCUUUAUCAUCCUGAGUGCUUCAGAAAUGCCGUAAGAAGAAAGGAACUGCAGAAAGCACAAUGUAAUUACAAUGAGGUUUAAUAGUAGGAGCCUAUUGUUUAUGUACUAUCCCACAAUGCAUGAUGGCUAAGAGGGAAUAUGCUUUGUGAUCUCCAUUAGAGCCUAAGUUGGCAAGUACCAGAGGCUCAUGACUAUAAUCCUAGCUACUUGGGAAGCAAGAUUGAGAGGACUGAAGUUGAUGGCCAGCCCAAGAAAAUAGUUCCUGAGACCCCAUCUCUGAAAUAACCAGAACAAAAUGGACUUGGAGGUGUGGCUCAAGUAGUAGAGCUCCUGCUUUGCAAGUUUGAAGCCCUGAGUUCAAACCCCAUUGCAUUAUUAAAAAAAAAAAAGAAGAGCCUAAGCUGUUGGCACGUUUUAAAUCAUACUUCUCCUACUCCAAAACCGCUACUUCUAAAUAUCAAUGACACUCAAGAAUUGUGUAUUACUUCUAAUGAACAUCAAAUAUAAGAAGCGACUUGACCAUUCACGUGGUGUAUGAGAUGCUGAGCUAUUUCUGAGACUGUCACAACCCGUUUUCCUGUGAUGCCCAUCAUGGGGAAGUGACAGAAGACUCCUACUGAGGCCUCACUUCAAUUAAGGCAUGGAAGUCUAGUUCAA